AUGCCUUCCUCAUCAUCUCGCGCAACGCAGCUCGAACAACACCUCUACCACACCUACCUCCCCGCCCUCUCCCGCCUCACCCACCCUCCAACCGCCGACCACGCCACCUACACCACCACCGUCUUCUCGACAAUCCUCGACAUCUCCCCCACCACUCUCGUCAACACGCUCAAGAACAACCCCACGUGGUCGAAAUUGCGGGACGAGGACCGCGGGAGGACGCGCGGGGAGCGGUUGUUCGGGGCGGGGAAUGCUUCUGAUAGUGCGGCGGGGAUGUUGAUGAGGGUUGGGAGGGGGGAGGAGGGGGAAAGGUUUAGGGGGUGGGCGGAGGAGUUGUGGGGGAAGGGGCAGAUGUGGACGGGGGAGGGGGUGGAAUUGUAG